CACUUUACACCACCCACCUAGCUUCCCGCCGUGGCUUGUCUCGUCCCCGGCUCCACCAGCCCCCUGCAGAUGCUAGUCCGCAGCUCCUCACAUUGCUAAAUCGCCGCGGCUGCCAUGGAAACUGCCAAAGUCCUUGUCCGCACCAUUGCGCGCAUCUUCUACGACGUCGAGCAGAUAGUCGUCAUUGAUGCGCUUGUCAAUCAUGGCGCCAUCUCCGCUGCCGACCUGUCGCUGGUCAUGGACGAGGGCAAGAACCACAAGAAGGUCCAGAAGUACUGCGCCAAGCUGAGAGAGGGCGGGCUGGUGUCAGUCUAUGUGCGCUCCGAGACGCGCGAGGGUGCGCAGAAGCCGACGAACAAAGAGUACUACUACAUCGACUACCGCAAAGCCGUCGACUCGACAAAGUACCGCAUUCACAUGCUGGACAACAACAUCAAGGCGGUCGCAAAGCCCACGCAAGAGAAAAAGGAGUACGCCUGCCCGCGGUGUAGCUCACAAUGGACACUGAUGGAAGUACUGGACAACCCAGACCCGUCGGGAAAAGGGAGCGGGUUCCUGUGCAAGCGAUGCAACGCGCCACUCAAAGCGCGCAACCAAGGACCUGACGCCGAGCCGGAAGCCGACGACGCGCCCGCGCGCUUCAACAACCAGUUCAAGCCGCUACUGGACCUGCUGCAGCAAAUCGACAAAGCGGUCGUGCCUGCAGUAACGGGCGAGGAAGCUGUCGCAAACGCGAAGCCCGUACCUCGUGAUGAGCAGAUCAACCCCGCGCAGAAGACCGAGGUCGUCGUCGACGAGAUGCUACGCCCCACCGCCGUACGCGGUAUCCAGACUGGCCCCGACAAGGUCGACAUCACGAUCCAGACGGAUGAGCAGAACACGGCGGCGGAGCUGGCCGCCGAGGCCGAACGCCGUGCCAAGAUUGCCGCUCAAAAUCAGCUCCCCGUCUGGCAUACGCAGUCGACGGUCGCGGGCAGCGAGGGCAUGUCACUCAAGCAGAAUGGUGUCGCGGGCGCUGCUGAUGGUGCUACGUCCCUACUGGCCGGCAACAGCGCCGCGGCGACCGAGGACAAGAAGUCAAGCAACGCUGACCUGGACGCGUACUUUGAGGCACUGAAGCAAGAGCAGGAUCGCAAGGCCAAGGAGGAGGAAGAGGAGGAAGAAGAGGAAGACGAUGAGGACGAGUUCGAGGACGUGGUCACUCCAUCCGUUGCCGCAACCCCAGUGCCUGCAGCUGCACCUGCCGAUGGCGCGGCGCCCGACGCCAAGCGCAUCAAGCUCGAGGAACCAGCCACGGCUACGGCGCUCUCACUUGCUCCUCCGGCCCCAGCAGCAGCGGCGCCCGCGUCGUCGGCCCAACCGUCGGAGGCGGCCGAGUCGGACGAAGACGACUUCGAGGAUGUAGUUUGAGUAGGUGGGCUGGCUUUUGGUGCUGGCACUGCAUUGCAUUUACUUGGGGUGGGAUUAGGGGUCCCAAAACGUUUGGCUUUGAGGGAGGACUGGCUUUUUUGAUGCUGGCUGGUGGGUUGGUGAUUGCAUUUGCAUUUGCGGGCGUAAUAUGGGGGAUUGAAUUAAUAGGGGAGGAGUUGAGCUCAAUUCAUUGCUCAAUUGACUAUUUCCACGGAAAUGGCUGUUUCUUUGUCUCCCUGCCUGCUUGGGCUUACUUUGUCUUGCCUUUGUUUUUGAUAUGGAUGUGCCUGCUGAGAGACUUUCGAACAAUACAUUUUUUUAAAUGGUUCAGCGCCAUGUCAAU